AUGAUACUCAAAUUCCUAAUGAAGAUGAUUGCUGGAAAGCAAUACUAUGGUGAUAAUGCGGCAGAAUUGGAGGAAACAAGAAAGUUCAAGGAGAUUGAAAAAAGAAACCAGUUCAUGCAAGAUUUGAUUGAAGAGCAUAGAAGAAUGAGGAGUAAUUCUUCUUCUGAGAAGGAAACCAAGACAAUGAUCGAUGUUCUCCUGUCAUUCCAAGAAAGUGAACCUGAAUACUGUAAAGAUGAAAUCAUCAAAGGCAUGAUGCUG